AUGAUUGAUAUUCUCAAUAUCAACGAAGAGCCAAUCUUCGACGAGCGCAUCGUCAAGAUUGAGACUCACUCGUACAAUCCGUUUGCCAACACUACAUUCGGGCACAGCGAUGAGAUAAGAAUACCAAUACAACAGGAUCUCUAUACGUUGCCGCAUGAAAGUUUUCUGUACAUCGAGGGAAAACUAACUACUGCCAAUCAAAUCGAAGGAUCUGAUGUAGUACUGGGAAAUAAUUGUGUCGCGUUCAUGUUCGACGAGAUCCGAUAUGAACUUGAUGGUGUGGAGAUUGAUCGCGCCAGAAAUGUUGGAAUAACCAGCACGCUCAAGACCUAUGUCUCGUCAUCGUUCGAUAAAAUGAUGUCUCUGAAGAAUGCCGGCUGGGAUGUGGUGAACAAUGGAACUGGCGACUUUAAUUUUUGUGUACCACUCAGCAUGCUAUUGGGAUUCUGUGAAGAUUAUCAACGCGUGGUGAUUAACGCCCGUCACGAAUUGAUUUUAAUACGAUCGCGCAAUGAUAACAACUGUCUCUUUGGAAAUGCAGCGAUGGAGCCUAAACUUGAAAUAUUCAAGAUACAGUGGCGCAUGCCGCAUGUGUUGUUAAACGAGGUGAACAAACUGUCGAUGCUGCGUGCUUUGGAAAGCGGACAAUACCUCAAUAUGGGAUUUCGUUCAUGGGAUCUGUACGAGUAUCCGCUAUUGCAACAGACGACUAAAGAUUCAUGGGCUAUUAAAACGGCUACUCAGCUCGAGAAGCCGCAGUAUCUUAUCUUUGCUCUGCAAACAGGUCGGAAAAAUAUCAUGUCACAGAAUGUGAGCCAAUUCAGUCACUACAAAUUGACCAACGUGAAACUCUAUCUGAAUUCGGAAUGUUAUCCAUACGAUGCAUGA